AUGGGAACCUCUACCGCCCCCGCAAGCUUGUCCACCUCCUCGACUGAGGGCGCAUCCACAUCCUCUGGGCAACAGUCUUCUACAUCAACUUCUUCCUCUACCUCUCACACUGAACCCAUUUUCACAACCACCUCUCAAGGAAUGGGAACCUCUACCGCCCCCGCAAGCUUGUCCACCUCCUCGACUGAGGGCGCAUCCACAUCCUCUGGGCAACAGUCUUCUAACUUCUACCUCUAUCACACUGAACCCAUUUUCACAACCACCUCUCAAGGAAUGGGAACCUCUACCGCCCCCGCAAGCUUGUCCACCUCCUCGACUGAGGGCGCAUCCACAUCCUCUGGGCAACAGUCUUCUACUCCGCUCACACUGAACCCAUUUUCACAACCACCUCUGAAGGAAUGGGAACCUCUACCGCCCCCGCAAGCUUGUCCACCUCUCAUGAGGGCGCAUCCACAUCCUCUGGGGAACAGUCUUCUACAUCAACUCCUCUUCCCUCUACCUCCAGCCACACUGAACCCAUUUUCACAACCACCUCUGAAGGAAUGGGAACCUCUACCGCCCCCGCAAGCUUGUCCACCUCCUCGACUGAGGGCGCAUCCACAUCCUCUGGGCAACAGUCUUCUACUUCCGCUCACACUGAACCCAUUUUCACAACCACCUCUGAAGGAAUGGGAACCUCUACCGCCCCCGCAAGCUUGUCCACCUCCUCGACUGAGGGCGCAUCCACAUCCUCUGGGCAACAGUCUUCUACAUCAACUCCUCUUUCCUCUACUUCAUCACACUGAACCCAUUUUCACAACCACCUCUGAAGGAAUGGGAACCUCUGCCGCCCCCGCAAGCUUGUCCACCUCCUCGACUGAGGGCGCAUCCACACCCUCUGGGCAACAGUCUUCUACUUCCGCUCACACUGAACCCAUUUUCACAACCACCUCUGAAGGAAUGGGAACCUCUACCGCCCCCGCAAGCUUGUCCACCUCGUCGACUGAGGGUGCAUCCACAUCCUUUGCGGAACACUCUACUACAUCAACUCCUCUUCCCUCUACCUCCAGCCACACUGAACCCAUUUUCACAACCACCACUGAAGGAAUGGGAACCUCUACCGCCUCCGCAAGCUUGUCCUCGUCGACUGAAGGUGCAUCCACAUCCUCUGGGCAACAGUCUUCUACUUCCGCUCACACUGAACCCAUUUUCACAACCACCUCUGAAGGAAUGGGAACCUCUACCGCCCCCGCAAGCUUGUCCACCUCCUCGACUGAGGGCGCAUCCACAUCCUCUGGGCAACAGUCUUCUACUUCCGCUCACACUGAACCCAUUUUCACAACCACCUCUGAAGGAAUGGGAACCUCUACCGCCCCCGCAAGCUUGUCCACCUCGUCGACUGAGGGUGCAUCCACAUCCUUUGCGGAACACUCUACUACAUCAACUCCUCUUCCCUCUACCUCCAGCCACACUGAACCCAUUUCCACAACCACCUCUCAAAGAAUGGGAGCCUCUACCAUGCAUACCGCCCCCGCAAGCUUGUCCACCUCGUCGACUGCGGGCCCAUCCACAUCCUCUGGGGAACAGUCUUCUACAUCAACUCCUCUUCCCUCUACCUCUAGUCACACUGAGCCCAUUUCCACAACCACCUCUCAAGGAAUGGGAACCUCUACCGCCCCCGCAAGCUUGUCCACCUCCUCGACUGAGGGCGCAUCCACAUCCUCUGGGCAACAGUCUUCUACUUCCGCUCACACUGAACCCAUUUUCACAACCACCUCUGAAGGAAUGGGAACCUCUGCCGCCCCCGCAAGCUUGUCCACCUCCUCGACUGAGGGCGCAUCCACAUCCUCUGGGCAACAGUCUUCUACUUCCCCCCACACUGAACCCAUUUUCACAACCACCUCUGAAGGAAUGGGAACCUCUCCUGCCCCCGCAAGCUUGUCCACCUCUCGACUGAGGGCGCAUCCACAUCCUCUGGAGUCUUCUACAUCAACUCCUCCUCUUCCUCUACUUCCAGUCACACUGAGCCCAUUUCCACAACCACCUCUGAAGAAAUGGGAACCUCUACCGCCCCCGCAAGCUUGUCCACCUCGUCGACUGAGGGCGCAUCCACAUCCUCUGGGCAACAGUCUUCUACAUCAACUCCUCUUUCCUCUACUUCCACUCACACUGAACCCAUUUUCACAACCACCUCCCAAGGAAUGGGAACCUCUACCGCCCCCGCAAGCUUGUCCACCUCGUCGACUGCGGGCCCAUCCACAUCCUCUGGGCAACAGUCUUCUACAUCAACUCCUCUUUCCUCUACUUCCGCUCACACUGAACCCAUUUUCACAACCACCUCUGAAGGAAUGGGAACCUCUACCGCCCCCGCAAGCUUGUCCACCUCCUCGACUGAGGGCGCAUCCACAUCCUCUGGGCAACAGUCUUCUACUUUCCGCUCACACUGAGCCCAUUUUCACAACCACCUCUGAAGGAAUGGGAACCUCUACCGCCCCCGCAAGCUUGUCCACCUCGUCGACUGCGGGCCCAUCCACAUCCUCUGGGCAACAGUCUUCUACAUCAACUCCUCUUCCCUCUACCUCCACUCACACUGAACCCAUUUUCACAACCACCUCUCAAGGAAUGGGAACCUCUACCGCCCCCGCAAGCUUGAAUGGGAACCUCUACCGCCCCCCGCAAGCUUGUCCACCUCCUCGACUGAGGGCGCAUCCACAUCCUCUGGGCAACAGUCUUCUACAUCAACUCCUCUUUCCUCUACUUCCACUCACACUGAACCCAUUUUCACAACCACCUCUCAAGGAAUGGGAACCUCUACCGCCCCCGCAAGCUUGUCCACCUCCUCGACUGAGGGCGCAUCCACAUCCUCUGGGCAACAGUCUUCUACAUCAACUCCUCUUCCCUCUACUUCCAGUCACACUGAACCCAUUUUCACAACCACCUCUGAAGGAAUGGGAACCUCUACCGCCCCCGCAAGCUUGUCCACCUCCUCGACUGAGGGCGCAUCCACAUCCUCUGGGCAACAGUCUUCUACAUCAACUCCUCUUUCCUCUACUUCCACUCACACUGAACCCAUUUUCACAACCACCUCUGAAGGAAUGGGAACCUCUACCGCCCCCGCAAGCUUGUCCACCUCGUCGACUGAGGGCGCAUCCACAUCCUCUGGGCAACAGUCUUCUACAUCAACUCCUCUUCCUCUACUUCCCUCUACCUCUAGUCACACUGAGCCCAUUUCCACAACCACCUCUCAAGGAAUGGGAGCCUCUACCAUGCAUACCGCCCCCGCAAGCUUGUCCACCUCGUCGACUGAGGGCGCAUCCACAUCCUCUGGGCAACAGUCUUCUACAUCAACUCCUCUUCCCUCUACCUCUAGAAUGGGAACCUCUACCGCCCCCGCAAGCUUGUCCACCUCCUCGACUGAGGGCGCAUCCACAUCCUCUGGGCAACAGUCUUCUACAUCAACUCCUCUUUCCUCUACUUCCACUCACACUGAACCCAUUUUCACAACCACCUCUCAAGGAAUGGGAACCUCCAUCAUACCGCCCCCCGCAAGCUUGUCCACCUCCUCGACUGAGGGCGCAUCCACAUCCUCUGGGCAACAGUCUUCUACAUCAACUCCUCUUUCCUCUACCUCCAGUCACACUGAGCCCAUUUUCACAACCACCUCUGAAGGAAUGGGAACCUCUACCGACCCCGCAAGCUUGUCCACCUCCUCGACUGAGGGCGCAUCCACAUCCUCUGGGGAACAGUCUUCUACAUCAACUCCUCUUCCCUCUACCUCUAGUCACACUGAGCCCAUUUCCACAACCACCUCUGAAGGAAUGGGAACCUCUACCGCCCCCGCAAGCUUGUCCACCUCCUCGACUGAGGGCGCAUCCACAUCCUCUGGGCAACAGUCUUCUACAUCAACUCCUCUUUCCUCUACUUCCAGUCACACUGAACCCAUUUUCACAACCACCUCUCAAGGAAUGGGAACCUCUACCGCCCCCGCAAGCUUGUCCACCUCCUCGACUGAGGGCGCAUCCACAUCCUCUGGGCAACAGUCUUCUACAUCAACUCCUCUUCCCUCUACCUCUAGUCACACUGAGCCCAUUUCCACAACCACCUCUCAAGGAAUGGGAACCUCUUUCACCCCCGCAAGCUUGUCCACCUCCUCGACUGAGGGCGCAUCCACAUCCUCUGGGCAACAGUCUUCUACAUCAACUCCUCUUCCCUCUACCUCCAGUCACACUGAGCCCAUUUUCACAACCACCUCUCAAGGAAUGGGAACCUCUACCGCCCCCGCAAGCUUGUCCACCUCCUCGACUGAGGGCGCAUCCACAUCCUCUGGGGAACAGUCUUCUACAUCAACUCCUCUUCCCUCUACCUCCAGCCACACUGAACCCAUUUCCACAACCACCUCUCAAGGAAUGGGAACCUCUACCGCCCCCGCAAGCUUGUCCACCUCCUCGACUGAGGGCGCAUCCACAUCCUCUGGGCAACAGUCUUCUACAUCAACUCCUCUUUCCUCUACUUCCACUCACACUGAACCCAUUUUCACAACCACCUCUCAAAGAAUGGGAGCCUCUACCAUGCAUACCGCCCCCGCAAGCUUGUCCACCUCCUCGACUGAGGGCGCAUCCACAUCCUCUGGGCAACAGUCUUCUACAUCAACUCCUCUUUCCUCUACCUCUAGUCACACUGAGCCCAUUUCCACAACCACCUCUCAAGGAAUGGGAACCUCUACCGCCCCCGCAAGCUUGUCCACCUCGUCGACUGAGGGCGCAUCCACAUCCUCUGGGCAACAGUCUUCUACAUCAACUCCUCUUUCCUCUACUUCCAUCACACUGA